AUCAUAAACCAUUAGUUACAAGCUGUAACUAAUGAGAAACCUAAACAAAUUAUUGCACCAACAGAGCAGCAACGAGCGUCGUGGAAUGAACGAUGGAAUGGAGCCAAGAAUCGAAUAGCAACGAACAACCUCCAGUAUAGUGUAAUGCAGUGACUAGUUUUUUUUAGUGUUUGGUGCAAAAUGCACCGAAAGAAGAAAUAGAGCAGAGUGGAGCAUCUAGAAGAAAAAAAAAAAAAACAAAAGGCCAAUCGCGCGGUGGCAAAAGGCGAUGAAGAAAUUCAUCACAACCAAAUUGCACGCGGUUUCGGUUUCGGUUCAAGAGCAUUCAACAAACGUGGAAAACGUAGAAAAAGUGAUAAACGAAUCAGCAGAAGAAGGUAACAACGCGAAAAGCCUCACCGGUGGUGGCAUUGUGGGAUUACAGUCAGCAGCGGCGUCAGCGUCAUCAUUAUCGUCGUCGGGGGUGGCGGCGGCGGUCACAGUCAUGACAUUGAAUUCACCCACCAGUAAGCAGCAGCAGCAGCAGCAGCAGCAAAAUAGUGGCAUUAGCAAUAGUAGUAGUAGCAACAACAACGGAAUGAUGACAGUGGAAGUUCCGCCUGGUGCUUCUCCGCAAUUGGUGCAACAGCAGCAGCAGCAGCAUGGAGGUGGGGUUAUUACCAUCAGCAAGCCGAAACCACCGACGACGGGCCCGGGCUCAGGCUCGUCAACAGCCGGGCAAGUCAAGAUGUGCGGUUAUCUCAAGAAGAAGAGAAACAAGAUGGGCGGCUGGCGGAAGAUGUACUUCAUCCUGCAGAACCAACUGCUGCUCUCCUACUCAUCGAAAGACGACUACGAGAAGAAGCUCGCCCCCUUCAAGGACAUCAUCAAUCUGGUGCCGGGGACGGUCAUCAUCCCGACGACCGGGCCCCGCUUCACGAUUGAAACCAACUCCAAGGUGCUGUACACGUUCCGCUGCGAUGAUCAUAAAAGCUGUUCCGAGUGGAUAACUGCACUGCUAGACAGCCUCAAAGGUGACGGCAGUGGUGAUAAAAAGUUCAGCCAUCACGCUCUGCACGGUGGUAGAAACAGCAGCGGCAACCUGCAACACCAUCUGACCCGCCGCUCGCUGUCCUCCCUGUCGUCUUCAUCCUCGUCGACGUCCUCCUCGGCAUCGUGCUACGCUACGGAUGACCCGUCCAAGAUGGCCAUUACCUCGAUCAGGCGGCUGCAGCAGACCAAUCUACUCCAUCCGCAGCAGCAGCAGCAGCAAAAGCAGACCUCGCUUUCGGCGCCAAACUUGUUCUACGGAUUCGGCAGCAAUGGGACUGCAAGUGCCAUCAUCGCCACCAGCAAUAGCAGCAAUGUGAAAAUGGGCAAACUGGUGCAGCUGCCCAUUGCCGGGGGGACGGCGAGGCUGCUGGAGCGGGGCGGGGUCAACGGGCAGAAGAUGUACAAGAUUCUCACCAUCAACGAGGACGACGCAGAUGAUGAUGGGGAAAACGAUGAAAAACCAGCAACAAUAACAACAACAACAACAGCAGCCACAACCACAGCGCGUAGUAUCAGUAACGGUAAUGCUAGUCGAGGGGACCCGGGGAUCAAAGUGACGACUGCUGCUCCUACUUCUACUUCUACUUCUACUCCUACGCCACCGACCGCCGAGGAAAUGGGAAAGAACGCCGCCGUCCACGUGAAAAGCAGAUCAGCAACGGCAGCCACGGCGGUUAAUGGUGAAAAGGCAACCAAACCAAGCGGGGCCAAGGGAGGAGGGCACCGGGUGGACGAGCUGUUCAACAGCAACUUCCGACUGCACACCAAUCUGGGAAAAAUGCAUCAGUCCAUUGAGGUGUGUCGGAUCAACAGUAUGUUCGGCGGGAAGAAGCUCGCCUCAUCGUCGGGAAAGCGAUUAAACAAUCACGGUGUAAAUAACAAAACCGCAAACAGUGAUAGUAAUUUGGCGGCCAGUACCGGUGAUCUGCGGUCCAGUAAGAUCAUCGGUGGUAACAACAACAACAACAGUCAUAACGUUAUCCACAAUAAUCUACGUGGAACUCGCGGCGGUAGUGCGACCGAUCUCCGACGGAAACCUCCACCGGAUCUGCUGCUGCACUCGACCGGGGCUGCUGCGAUGAUGGAACCGAAACCACUCAAAGAUAUCAAUCACAAUAAUCUGGCCAAGUGGAGCGCCGAGAGCAUCACGAUCGAGUUGACGGCAAAUGGCUACAACCUGCUGACCGGCACUGGCAACAAGAGCGUCGGCUCAACGGACACCCUCUACCGGAAGCUCAAUGCCAACGGUGCUGGUGGUGGUCGCAGUCGUAGCAACAGUCACAGCAGUAACCUUCAACAGUCAUCAUCAUCAUCAUCUCCGCUGCCGCCGCCGCCGCCGUCUUCGUCUAGUCAGAACCGCGGGUUCAGCAGUAAGAUCGACCUCUUCCGGACAUUGUCAUCGGCAUCGGCUCAACGCAGCAGCAUUCCAUCCACGAGGAACGAUUACGAAGAAAUUAAUGUUGGUGGUGGCACGAUGGAGGGAGCUUCCCCAAUGAUGGAACCGAUCUAUGCGGUAGUCGAUUUGAAUGUGAAAAAAGCUCGGCGGAUGAAUCAGCUCAAGGAGCACGAUUCGCUGGGAACAGUCGAUGACGGAACUGAGACAGAGGAAGAGCACAGCAUCAAGGUAGAUAUGGUACGGGACACGGAGACGGGACGGCUCAAGGAGAAGUCCAAGAGUGCUAAUGUCCUGCCACUGGGCGGCAUUUUCGGUGGAGGUAGCAACGAUUACGAGGAACUGAACGAGUUGGUUAUGGAGAGUUUCGUGAAUUUUGGAGAAGAUCAGGACGAUUCCAACGAUGGUGAAAAUAUCUACGAACCGAUCAACAUUCCAGAAGGGCCGCUGACGUCCUCGUCUACCUCACUUCCACUGUCGCAACCGACGACAAGCUCGUCCCAAAUGAACAACCUAUGGCGCAACCUGAAGAAAAUGAACAUCAACCACCUGAUGAAGCGAUCCGUCCAGGAUCAACCCCAGCAGCAGCAGCAGCCCAGCCAAAGACCCGAAGAGGAUCCAACAACCAAAGCGUCCACCUUCAGCGAGUUCAGCAAGAAAUUCGGUCACCAUCGUCGAUCGAUUAAGAACAAGAUGCGGGGCCUGUACGACCGCGGCCAGUCGGCAGAAGCUCCCGCGAAGAUAACGCAAUCGGAGGAAAAGCCACGGAAGAGCACCGAUGGCAGCCGGCAGUUGAUGUUCAGUACCUUUGGGAGAAACAAGAAAUCCCGCAAGUCACUGUCGUUUGAUGAUUUCAUUCCGCGGAAGAAGCACCACCCCCACCUGAAUGGGGUCGGCAUGAUCUGCAAGUCGGACAAGGCCAACGAGAAGCUGCACAAGGAGCUGAAGCGGCAGCUGUCGAAGCGAUCGAAUAGCAGCAGCGGAGGCAGCAGUUUCAUUGGCAGUAAGAACGGUAUAGAGUUGUAGGACGGGUUGGGAAGGUAGGUGUUUCUGUUUUUAAUGAUUUUUUUUUUUAAGUUAAGUCAAUGUUUUAAAGCUAGUAAUAAAACCAAAUCGUCGUGUUGAU